UGUGGUAUUAAAAAGCUUUGUUGAAACGGUUCAAAAAAAAAAAAAAAAAAAGAUGUACAUCCGGGACACGUCAACACAGGAGCUGCGCAGACGCAUCCCGGCCAGCGGCAGCGGUUCUUCUCCAUCGCUAGGCGACAUCUUCAUAAAACAUGGAGACGUUGUACAGUAUGCCGUUCGCAGUGCUGGAGUGUCCUAAUGUGAAGCUGAAGAAGCCGUCGUGGCUGCACAUGCCGUCGGCCAUGACGGUGUACGCCGUCGUUAUCGUGUCCUACUUUCUCAUCACAGGAGGUAUCAUCUAUGAUGUUAUUGUGGAGCCCCCCAGUGUAGGCUCGAUGACUGAUGAGCAUGGACACCAGCGGCCAGUGGCCUUCUUGGCAUACAGAGUAAAUGGGCAGUACAUCAUGGAGGGACUGGCUUCCAGCUUCCUCUUCACAAUGGGGGGCCUUGGCUUCAUAAUCCUGGACCGCUCCAAUGCACCAAACAUUCCCAAACUCAACCGCUUCCUGUUGCUCUUCAUCGGGUUUGUCAGCGUUCUGCUCAGCUUCUUCAUGGCCAGGGUGUUCAUGCGCAUGAAGCUGCCAGGAUACCUCAUGGGCUAAUAACAGCAAGAGAACACUCUAAUGGCUUGGAUGGAGAGGACAGCAAAUGCACGGGGGCCCAACUCAAAUUUUGGAUAAAUGCAAUAAUCAACAACCAUCAAGGACUGAAAGCACCGACCUCGCUCAAAAAGUCCCUGGCUCUGUCUCCUGGGUGUUCAGUGACUUCCUUUCCUCCUCCUUCUCUAUAAGUUUCCAUACAAAGUGAUGCAGCACAUCACUAUCAGGCACAUGACACAUCUAUUUCAUGUUCUCUUGAUACAACUACAAUACCCAGGGACCCCUCGGUACAGCGCAUCAGUUGCAAAAACGGAAAUUUAAUUUGAGUUUUUACCAAAA